AUUUGUUGGAAAAUUUUGCAGACAUUCGUCAAUUUCCUUUCUUUUAGGCUUAUAGUUUUAAGUUGUUCCUGAGCUCUAACAAGUUAACAGAGCUAUUGCUAUUAAAAGUUUAAUGAUUUGUUCGUUGCGACAGCAGCAAAUGAAGGCAACAGGGUGCUAAACACUUAACAUAAAGAUGUCUCACAGCACUUAUAACCAGCUUUGGAGGGAAGCUAACAGCACUAUAAAUGAUUUGCUUGUGCAAGAGGUACCAGCUGAACCACCUAAGCCAGAAAAGGAUAGACUCACAGUCUUCCAGAAGCUUGCAACACUGUACAUAAAAUAUGUGCAAAUAUUCAGGAAACUUGAAUCUUCAUAUGAUCAGAUCGUACAUCCACAAAAACGUCGGAUUCUUCGUCAAGUUUUAGACGGGACUAUGGGAAGAUUGCUUGAAGUUAAGGAUGAGAUGGUGAACCUGGAAUUCUCAGAGUUUCAUUAUUUUGAUGACAUUCUUUCAGAUCUUAAGCUGACACCUAAUGAUAUUGAAAUUCCAAUCCCAAAGUAUUUUCUUUACGAGCGGAAAAAAGUUCUGCAGGACAGAGAACAGUUGUUGGGCAAGAUUCUCUCCAAAAUGGGACCCGCAGUGAAAGACUCGGACCGAGAAGCGAAGAAGAUGUCGUUUGAGGAAGCGAUUCGCCUCGUGCAGAUCCAUGAGCGUGCGCGGCAGGGGCGAUUGAGAGCAAAAUUCAUGAGAGAGAUUCGGCUGGAGGAAGAGAGAGAGAAGCUUGCUGCUCAAAGAGGAGCUCCUACUCUUGACCCUGACCUGGCUGCAACAAGGAUCCAAAAGAUUUGGAAAGGUUUUGUUCAACGGAAAGUUACAAGGAGAGAAAGAGAAGAAGAAAUGGUUUUCAUCGGCAUGGUUCCUGGUAAAGAAGUAAAGACAAAGAAGAUUACUCCUCAAGCAUUUGCUGAGAAAACUGAGGCUGACCGACAUAUCACACAAGAAGAGAAUGAGGUUGAAUACCAACAAGCGUUGGUUACGAUAAAAGAGAAAAUACGACAAGUAGAAGGUCCAGAUAUCAAGGAAACGAUGCAAGAUCAAAUACGGCAAUGGUUUAUUGAAUGCAGAGAUGCAACUGGGAAGUUUCCUGAUUAUCCUGAUGAAGAAGAUGGAGGAUCAGCUCUUCUGUUUAGGGAGAAAACCCCAGAGGAGGUGGAGGCAGAGCUCAAAGCAAAGGAAGAAGACAAAGGUAAGAAAAAGGGAAAAAAGGGAAAGAAAUCUGGAAAAAAGAGUGGCAAGAAGAAGAAGGGUAAAAAGUCUGGGAAAAAGGGAAAGAAAGGAAAGAAGGGAGAUGGAGAUGAAGAAGAGGAAGAGCCAGGUUGGAAGAUGCAAGAAUCCAAGUUCAUUCCUGCUGUAUCAGAAGCUCACAAUAACUUUGAAAGUAUUUGGAAAAAUCGCGAUGAGUCCGGCAACUUCCAGCAGAAACACGAUACCGUUCUCAUCAAGGAGGACAAGAGAGUUGAAGUUGAAUCUGAAAUCAGAGUCCAAGUUGAUGAACUGAUGAGAGAAGAACUGAACAAUCUUAAAAUGGCUUUGGAUAGAGACAAGGGUAAAAAAGGGAAAAAAGGCAAGAAAAGUGGAAAAAAGAAGAAGAAGAAGGGAAAGAAGAGUGGCAAGAAAGGGAAAAAAGGCAAAAAAGACAAAGAUUUGACCGCUGAUCGUACAAUUGAGUCUUUGUAUGAAGAAAUGGUUCAACAAGGUGUCUUGGUCAAAUGUCCACAAGUUUGGCUAAAGGAGUACAUUGGUGAUUACAGUUACCUUGGUACCACACUCAGACAAGCGGAUAUUGAACCAAUGCCUUCUUUGUCUGAUGUGAGACAACUUGUUGCUUUGUAUGGAAUAUUACCACUUGGAUCACAAGUGGUCCAUGAAAACAUCCCUCAGAUCAAAUCUCUCCUCCUUGCCGGACCCCGAGGAGUUGGGAAGAAGAUGUUGAUGCAAGCGAUCUGCACUGAGACGGGAGCCAACUUAUUUGACUUGACAGCCGGAAACAUUGCUGGAAAGUAUCCGGGAAAAUCUGGCUUAUCUAUGCUGAUACAUAUGGUUACAAAGGUUGCCAAACAACUUCAACCAUCCGUUGUGUUCAUUGGUGACGCAGAGAAAACUUUUGUAAAGAAAGCUCCUAAAGGAGACAAGACAGAUCCAAAGCGACUGAAAAAAGAUUUGCCGAAAGUUUUGAAAGGAUUCAAACCUGAAGACAGGAUUUUGCUGGUUGGAACUUCUCGUUCUCCUUUUGAUUCAGAACUGAAACCUUUUGUGAAAACUUAUGAAAAGAUUGUUCUCAUUCCGAGACCUGACUAUGCCUCAAGAUUCAUUCUCUGGAAACAUGUUAUCAUGGCUCACGGUGGGAUUAUUACAAACCACCUUGAUAUCAGUAGCCUCACCAAGAUUACUGAUGGCUAUACACAAGGUCACAUUGUUGAAGCAGUCAAGUAUAUCUUGAGUGAACGACGUAUAGCACAGCUUCCAAAAAAACCUCUCGGUGCUGUAGAGUUUGUGUCUCCUCUCGCAAGGAUUGAUCCAAUUUAUAAAGAAGAGGAAGAAGCAUUUAAGUCCUGGUUUGGAAAAACUCCCUUGGGAAAGAAGCGGGCUAAACUUGCCAAAGGUGGAGAUGAAGAAGAGGAUGGUGGAGGAGGGAAAAAAGGCAAAAAAGGAAAAAAGGGAAAGAAGGGAAAAAAGGGAAAAAAGAAGAAAAAAUAAAUUUCUCUUUUUACAGCACUCACUACAAACUGGACAUCAGCUAAUCCAGCUGUAUAUACAGAACCAGUGCAUCGUUUUUACAAUUUCUUUUUUUUCUGUAUAAUAUUAUAGCUUUUGUAAUCAUUUAUUGGUUAAGUUUGAAUUUGUUUUAUUUAUUUUACAGUUUUAUUUCCAUAUUGUGCGGUUCAAAUUUUAUUGUAAAAUUAUUGUUUAUUUUAUUCUGAGUUGGUAGUAUAUAGUUAUAUUUUCAAUAAUACAAAACUUGUUUUAGAGAA